AUGCCGCGGAAUGUGAGUCAGAAUUUUAGUCAUGAGGAAAUGCAGCGACUGAAUCUGAGGUUCCGCAAACUGGACAAAGAUCACUCGGGUACUCUUUCAGUGAGUGAGUUGAUGGUCCUCCCAGAUAUCCCCAAAAACAAACUCAUCUCUAGAAUUCUGAACGUGUUGGACAGAGACGGAGAUGGAGAGAUUGAUUUCCACGAGUUCAUUCAUGGUCUGUCCCAGUUCAGCGUCAAAGGUGACGAAACACAAAAAAUGCGCUUUGCAUUCAAUAUCUAUGACGUAAAUGGGGAUGGAUACAUCUCCAACUCAGAACUGUAUCAUGUGUUAAAAAUAAUGGCUGGUAGUAAUUUGAGCACUCGGCAGUUGCAACAGGUAGUGGACAAGACUAUGUACGAGGCGGACACGGACGGCGACAACCGACUCUCCUUCUCCGAGUUCUGUCGCGUGGUGAAACACCUCGACGUCUUCCGCAAGAUGUCGCUUCACAAUGUCUGA